AUGGAGCUGGAGGCGCGGGUGCUGCGCGCGGCGGGCGGCUUCGGCCGGACCCGGCGCCUGCUGGCCGUCGCCUCGUGGCUGCCGUGUGUGGCCCUGGGGCUGGCGCUGAGCUCCAACCCGCUGCUCACGGCGCGGCCCGCCCACCACUGCCGGCCGGACCCCACGCUGCUGCCCCCCGUGCUGCGUGCCCUGCGUGGGCCUCCGCUCCUCGACGCCAGCGUCCCGCGCCUGGGCCCCACACGUGCGCUCAGCCCCUGCCUGCUGCUGCGCUACCCGGCGGAACCCACGAACCCCACGGUCCCCUCGGUCCCCUCGCCCGACGGCACGCUGCCAUGCACACGCGGGUGGCACUAUGCGCUGCCCAUUGCCGGCCUUCGUCGCAGCCCGGUCACCCAGUGGAAUCUCGUGUGUGGGGACAGCUGGAAAGUCCCGCUGCAGCACAUUAGCCACCUUCUGGGCUGCCUGCUGGGAUCUGUGCUCCUGGGUGCAGGCUGUGAUUGGUUCGGCCGCCGGACUGUUUUUGUGGCCUCUCUAGUUCUGGCCACUGUCCUUUGUACUGGGGAGGCCCUGGCUGCCCAUUUCCCUGCCCUGCUGGCCCUACAGCUGCUCCAAGGAGGUGCCUUGGCAGGAGCUUCCCUGGCCCUCUAUGUGGCACGCCUGGAGCUGUGUGAUCCAGUGCACCGUCUGGCCUACUCCUCGGGUGCUGGCCUAUGCUGGGUGCUGGGUGUGCUGCUGCUGCCCGGGCUGGCCGUGCUGGCACAGGACUGGCGCCUUCUGCAGGGGCUGAGUGCCCUGGUGACUGGGCUUCUGCUCCUCUUUUGGGGCUUCCCAGCCCUGCUCCCCGAGUCUCCCUGCUGGCUGAUCGCCACAGGGCAGGUGGCCCGGGCCAGGAGGAUCCUGUGGCACUUCGCAGAAGCCAGUGGUGUGGACCCUGAGCAUGGCUCCUUGGAGGACAGCUCCCUGGCUACAGGUAAGAUGCCCACUUGUGACAGAAGGGCAGGUCUGGAGAAGCCCUAUGUUACAUAUGUCCCUGUCCCCACCACCACAGAGCUGGCAGAGUUGGCCAUAGGCACCACCUGGCCUUGGUACCACUCAGCCCUGGGCCUCCUGCAUACCCACGUCACCUGGAGAAACGUGCUCAUCCUAGGCAUCAGCUCGCUAGUGGGUGGGGGCAUCCAGGCCAGCUUUCUGCGCAGCCUGGCUCUGCAUGAGACGUCCUUCUAUCUGCCCUACUUCCUGGAGGCCAGCCUGGAGGCUGUGGCCAUCAUCUGCCUGCUCGUGACUGCUGAUCGCUGGGGUCGCCGCCUUGUCCUGCUGCUGGGGACUCUGGUCACAGGCCUGGCAUCCCUGCUGCUGCUCGCUGGAACUCAGCAGCUGCCGGGCUGGGUCACACUGCCUCUGUCUGUGCUGGGCCUCCUGGCCUCCCAGACCACAUCGGUGCUCAGCAGCCUCUUUGCGGCAGAGGUCUGCCCCACAGUGAUGAGGGGCACCGGGCUGGGCCUUGUGCUAGGUGCUGGGUCCUUGGGCCGGGCAGCCACGCCCCUCACGGAGAUGGCAGGCCAGCACGGCUUCUUCCUGCAGCACACAGUGUUCGCCUCCCUGGCUAUCCUGGCCCUGCUCUGCAUCCUGCUGCUGCCCGAGACCUGCAGCCGGGCCCUGCCUGUGUCACUGGAGGACGCGGACCACCUGCGCCGCUCCCCUAGGCUGUUUGCCCGUCAGCCUCAGGACCACCUGCCCCUUCUGUUGCCCUCCAGCUAA